AUGGAGAUGGAAAAGGAGUUCGAGCAGAUCGACAAGUCCGGGAGCUGGGCGGCCAUUUACUGGGAUAUCGAACGCAAAGCCAGUGACUUCCCGUGUAGAGUGGCCGAGCUUCCUAAGAACAAAAACCGAAAUAGGUACAGAGACGUCAGUCCCUUUGACCAUAGUCGGAUUAAACUACAUCAAGAAGAUAACGACUAUAUCAAUGCUAGUUUGAUAAAAAUGGAAGAAGCCCAAAGGAGUUACAUUCUUACUCAGGGCCCUUUGCCUAACACGUGCGGGCACUUUUGGGAGAUGGUGUGGGAGCAGAAGAGCAGGGGUGUCGUCAUGCUCAGCAGAGUGAUGGAGAAAGGCUUGUUAAAAUGCGCACAGUACUGGCCACAAAAAGAAGAAAAAGAAAUGAUCUUUGAAGACACAAAUGUGAAAAUAACAUUGAUCUCUGAAGAUGUUAAGUCAUAUUAUACAGUUGGACAGCUAGAAUUGGAAAACCUUACAACCCAAGAAACUCGAGAGAUCUUACAUUUCCACUAUACCACGUGGCCUGACUUUGGAGUCCCGGAAUCGCCAGCCUCAUUCUUGAACUUUCUUUUCAAAGUCCGAGAGUCGGAGUCACUCAGCCUGGAGCACGGCCCUGUGGUGGUGCACUGCAGUGCGGGCAUCGGCAGGUCUGGGACCUUCUGUCUGGCUGAUACCUGCCUCAUGCUGAUGGACAAAAGGAAAGACCCUUCUUCGGUUGAUAUCAAGAAAGUGCUGUUAGAAAUGAGGAAGUUUCGGAUGGGGCUGAUCCAGACAGCAGACCAGCUGCGCUUCUGCUACCUGGCUGUGAUUGAAGGUGCCAAAUUCAUCAUGGGAGACUCUUCCAUGCAGGAACAGUGGAAGGGGCUUUCCCACGAAGACCUGGAGCCCCUACCAGAGCACGUCUCCUGGCCUCCCUGGCCACCGAAACGAGUCCUGGAGGCACACAGUGGGAAAUGUAGGGAGUUCUUCCCAAACCACCAGUGGGUGAAGGAUGAGACUGGGGAAGAUAAAGACUACCCGGUCAAGGAAGAAACAGGAAGCCCCUUAAAUGCCGCACCCUACAGCAUAGAAAGCAUAAGUCAAGACACUGAAGUAAGAAGUCGGAUCGUGGGGGGAAGUCUUCGAGAUGCCCAGGCUGCCUCCCCAGCCAAAGGGGAGCCAUCAUCACCCGAGGAGGAGGAGGACCAUGCACUGACUCACUGGAAGCCCUUCCUGGUCAACAUGUGUGGCUACGGUCCUCACGGUCGGUGCGUACCUGUGCUACAGGUUCCUGUUUAA